GACGUGUGUGGCGGCCAUGUUGAGGAGGACGGCCAUCUCGGCACAUUUCGACGAAGCUUCCCGUUGUGAGCGGACGCGUGUUUUGUAACUCGAGCGAAAGGAUUGCGGACCACCAUGUCGACGGACGAUUUCCAAACGAAGUACGCAUCCUUUAUGGACGGACUGGUUAAGAAUACGAUCGCGGAGACGACCAAACUUUUCGAAACGUUGGUGGAAGAACUAAAGGCAGAUUUGGCGAAGGUAAAGACUGAAAACGAGGCCCUGAAAACAACAUGCAGGAAAAUGGCGGAUGCUAUCACCGUUGCGAGCCGCGAGCGGCGCCGCGCGGAGACGCGGGACGGAGCCGUUCAGUGCGACCUUCUUUCUGGCCAUCUUUUGGUGAUAGAGCAACCAGUUGAACAAGAGAAACAAUAUAAUGAAGAUGAUAUGGUGUACAUCCUGCUAAAUGACUACGACGCCGACGCUGCGAAAGAAGGACAUUCAAACCUGUCAGUUACACUUCCAAAUAACGAGGAUUCUGUACCGAUCAGCUGUGACACAGUGUAUGCAGAUGGAGGUCCACCACCAACCUCUGCUCGUGAAAAUGGAACAGAAAAACCCACAAACCAUCAAUGUUCAAUUGCAGAGCUCAGAAAAAGCCAUUACACGCCAGUGACCACAGUUUACCCCACUUUGGAAGAGAAUAACAAUUUACACGAGACACCAAAUCUGUCGAUAGAGCCAACAAAUGUUCUUAGCUCACUUACUGCAGCAAGUGAUAAGACGCAAAGAGCAUUUGCGCCACCAUCUUUAGGUGAAACACGAGGUCAUGGACAAGUAGAGGAACAGACCGUCAAGCAAACACCGCUGAACAUACAACUCGAAGAAAGGAUAAAAUCUGGCUUGAUGGAACACGAGACCAAGUUUGCAACAGAAGAACAAAUAAGCAAAAACAGGAAACAAAGAAAACAGCCUUCAGAAAAGGUGAAACACCUACAAAAGACCCCGAAGGAGAAACUCUUGUUACCUUCAGCUGUUGCUGAUGUUGCAUUAAAUGAAGAAGUUAAAAAUCCACCUCCGAGUUCAUUACCCCAAGCACUGUCAAAUCCACCGGAGGUAUGUAGUAGUUCUGUCAUGCUCCAAGAUGCAUUGCUACUCGUUGAAGCAAUGGAUCAGUCAAAGACUCAAUCCUUACCACAAGAAAAGCUCACAUCCCAAGGCCCGUGUACUCCCUCUGUUACCUUACCUUCUGCGGUGGAGUCUCCAUUACCUCCCCCAGCAUUGGUAUCACAGUUACCACCAACUCCCAAGAUAUGUGACAAGAGCACGAAAGAGGAGUCAACAAACCAGGCGCCUUCUGUCACCUAUACAACCAACUCCAGCAGUUCUCACGCACACAUUCCUGUUCCUAUAGUGCACCAAAAAAAAACAGAUGUUAGUUCUUCUAGCAAUACAUCGACGUCAUUGACUCCUACAGCAGGCAAAUCGCUUGAGCAGUGCGCUCCCCAUCCUCAAAGUGUAUUGGCUGAUCCAUUAGGGACAACGAUUGCCCCAGACCUUCUCCCUAAGAAAAUAUUUAUUUCCGACUCACCGUCGACUCAUCCACAAGAGACAGUUGUCCCGCUGUCCCAAAACCAGAUCUCAGCUGUUAUAUCAACAGUUGCUGCUAAAAGCAAAGAUGUUACGAGUGACACAGCAAUCAACUCAACAGACCAAAGAGCACACCCAACACCGUCCAAAAAAAUUAAAAUAAUCAUUCACAGAGCCACGGGUAUUUUGGGAAGCCAGCCACAAAUGUCCGAGACACUAGUUGAACCUAUCAACCAGAAUUCAGUGGUACCAGCUGUCACCAGGUCAUCGCAACACCCAAACACACGUGCUGAAGUGGCUUCUGAUGGAAAGGAGACCCCAUUGUCAAUUGAGCAGAUAACCUCUGUGUCAUCAUCGCAGCACUGUACCAGGGGUGGUCAAGUGAUUUCCCAGGAAAAGGUAUCACCAUUGAAGCCAGUUGAACAGAUAACACCUUUGUCAUCGUCGCAGCACCAAAACUCGAGUGCGCAAGGGAUUUCCCAGGAGAAGGUAAAACUGUUGCCACCAAUUCAACAGACAACUCCUUUGUCAGGGUCACAGCAACCAAACACGGGUGCGGAAUUGACUUCCGAGGAAAAGAAAGCACCUUUGCCAAAUGAUCAGAUACCUCCAUUGGAAUAUCUGUCGCAGCAAACGAGCAAUUGUGAAAGUUUAGGAGUAACUCCCAGAGAACAAACACCAGCAUUGUCAACUGAGAGUAUACCGGGAAACCGUUUUCCACUAGUGCCAGUAAUCAGACUGAAAAGGCUGCCGUAUCCGCCAUUGUCCACUGGAUCAUUUUUGGUUUCACAACUGUCCUCUCAUGAAAGGGAAUCAGAAGUUGCCCCACCAGACAGCACCUCAUCUUUGACCAAUCGCCAGGUAUCAAAGCCAACAGUCGGGCCAACAGAAGUGACUCCAUUAACUGGCAAGUGUUCCGAUUUAAAAGAAACUUUAGUUGGUGGAACUACAAAUGCCUCCUCAAAAUCAGAAAAGGUAGUGCCAUGCUCCACUUUGAAAGCGGCACCAACCACUGGUUUGUCACCCGUAACACCUUCCAGUGUGUGUGAACCAAUCUUGCAACAAUGGAAAUGGAAAGCAACAAUGGAAUUUGAAAAGGCGGCGUUGUCAGAUGUAUCUGACCAAGAAUGUGAAUCUUUCACUCCGGAUGAGGAAAUAAUUGAUGGCGCAGAGCAGGGUUUAGUUUCCCCGAAAGGCUAUUCGGCUCCCACUGUUCAACUAACCCCCAUCACAAAGGACUUAUCGGCACCUCGUUUACACAUGACAAAAACUCAGUUCAUUGCGCAGUUGGCAAUGUCACCUGUGAUUCAAGAAUCCCAAAAGGUACUAACAAAUAAGUCUCCAAAUGCCCAGAGUUCGUGUGAAGACAGCAGUAAUGACGGCAAAAGAAAGCUGCAGAAAAAAAGUGUUAUUGCUCGUCUUGGAAUUCACAUGAAAAAGCACUCUCGCACGAAAAGAACAAAAUCAAAAGCACAGCCGCCUACAGACACAGAAUGCACCCCUGAAAGUCCCCAAAAAAUGAGGUUAGAGAAUGUUAGGACUGCUGAACAAGAUUCUACCCUUGAGUCUACUCCUGUUUCCACAAGUAUCGCCAGUUCCUUGAGUCCUGAAGGGCAACUAACGGUAGUAAAUCUCAAAAAUCAACUGAGUACAGAGAUCAGUCACCCUGAAAGGAAGAGAACAUCUGGGCCGGUUUCUGUUGGUUCCCGAACCCCAGUUGUAAGUUUGUGUAGGCUAUCUCUAAAAGAUACAAGGGGCAGGUCCUCAAUUAUGGCCCCACUGCCACACACCGAGAUAAACGUCGUGCGUGGAAUCUCCGCAAAGUAUACGUUGGAAUCAGGCAGCCUAAAAAGCCGAGAUACUAUUGAACGGAUUCCAAUAAACUUAGAAAAACCCUCUACAUCUGUAGAUUGUGCAAACAAACCAUUUGGAUCUCCAGUCUCUCCAAAGUCAAGCUCAGCUAAAACCUGUAUUACACUUCCUGCUGUGAUUGCAGGAAAGCUGCGCAAGAGUAGAGAUGAGGAUAGCCCAAACAAUGUGAAAGUUGUUCCGGUCUAUUUAAGGUUCAAUACAACGGAAAAUACCAACACCCCCCUGAUGGCUAAAUCCCCACCUGAGAGUCGUAAAAGGAGUCUCUCUCCCAAGGAAAAUGCAAGUGUUAAAAAGAGCCAUCCAGACCAGCCUGCACAUAAAAAGACUUCUGUCUCUCCUUCUCCGACAAGGACGAAAUUAACAAGCCCCCAAAAGUCCCCGUUACCUCUUGUCAGUCAAAAGGAUACCAGUUCAAUUAAAAAUGGUAAUUCUCAGUCACUCAGGAAUUGCGACUUCUCUCAAGAAGAGAGAACCUCAAAGCGAGAGUCCAGUUUGUCAUUAGGGAAAACUGCAUUCCCAAGCGCUCUGGUCCCAAAAUCGCCUAAAAAGGAUGCCAGUUCAAGUAAAACUGAAGAAGGGUCUCUUAAGAAAUCUCAAGCCAACCAAAUGUGUACUGUUCGAGAAGUGAACAUGAAGGGGGAGAGUGCAAAGAAGUUAUCGACAGCAGCAACAUCUAACGCUGAACCAAAAAAUAAACAACCCAAAUUGAAGAAAGCAAAGGCGGUAAGUAAGAGUCAUUGCGGCAACGAAACUGGAGAAAAAUGCACUUCUCCCCGGAGAGUGCGAGUCAGGGCGGCGUCGCAAGGCGAGGGGGCGGCUGCUGUCGGCUCGCCGCAGCCUCGAUGCAUCAAUGGUAAACGGCUGCUCAAGAACCAGUGCAAGGACUGCGGUCGUGUUCUUAGCAGUAGUUGUGCUCUCGAAAGCCACGUCAGUCUCCAUACCGGUCACAGGCCGUACAGUUGCACGCUCUGCAGGAAGAGCUUCCCUGACGCCAAAGGUCUCAACAGGCACGGCAGAGUCCAUCGCAAUGGGAGGAGCCAUAUCUGCCAGAAGUGUGGGAAGGGAUUUGUCUAUGGUUUCGGCCUCACCAAACAUCUCCAGAUGGUGCAUGGAAAAAUCAAGCCCUUUGUCUGCCAGAUCUGCACCAAGGCGUUCUUUACAAAGCGCGACGUGGAGACCCACAUACGCAGCCAUACAGGGGAGAGACCGUUCCACUGCCACUUGUGUGAAAAAAAGUUUUUCAGGAGUGUCGAACUCAAUACACACCUCAGGUGGCAUCGUGGGGAGAAAAGACACUGGUGCCCGUAUUGCGGGAAAGGAUUUUUUGACCAAAACAACCUAAAAAGACACAAGUACAUUCAUACAGGGGAGAAACCACAUUCUUGCCCACAUUGCCCUAAACACUUUACACAGUCGGGACACCUGAAAAAACACGUUAAAAAUGUGCAUAAAGUCCAAUAAGAGGCAGCUUGCAAUUUUUUUUAACGUUUCUCUCAGUUCGGAGGUUUCAUAUGAUGGGUUUUCUAUGAAUGUCAUUUGUUAUUUUUUUAAGUAAGGAAUAUGUACAUAGUUAUUGAAACUGUAAAAUAAAUAAUGUGAAAUGAGAUUUUUCUUCACGUGUUGUAGAUUAAUGUCUGAAACGUCUCAGCACUGUAUGCGGUUGCACGAAAAUCAGUAAAUUGCACUGAGCGUGCCGAACUAGACAACGUAUUCACAAAUCAAAUCAAUAAAUCUUUGCCCUUGGGAAGAGAGUUUGUGGUUGACAGUGCUUUUAAAGUUGGUGCUUGCUUUUAGAUAUUCCGUUAUCCGACAGUGGGGGAAAGUCCUAGACGGGCAAAACGACAAUAUCCGGGUUAAGACUUAAAUCGGAUCCGACAAACCAGUCGCAAGUCAGAUUGCUCGUAAAUGUGAGCGCGUACGCAAUGGCCGACACGAGGGUUAUACGUCUAGGAUGCAUGAUAUCAAUCUGUUAGAUUUUUAUGUACUGUACCUCAUUUUCACGACAAAACAAAAAGCGCACUUAAACGUCUUGAACGUUUCUCCAAAAAGGAGGGGAUGACGUUCAAACUCUGUAACUGACUAUGAGCCGAGAAAAAGCGGAUGUGUGAGAGGACGGACU